GAGAACUGGCUAAAUAUAUGUAAAUAUCCUAAACACCAGUGGAGAUUAAAAAAAAAAAUCUAAUGAGGCUGAUUAUACUAGGAGAAAUUAAGACAGUAGAUGGAAAAGCCACUGUCUCAGUGAUACCGUAUCUGGGAAAGCACAGAAAACCUUUAUAAACACAGGGUUUAUCUGAAGAAUGCAGGGAUGGUUUAACAUUAGGAAAUCUAUUUCAAUAUGGUAAACGCUACUUAAAAUUAAAAUCCUCAUCUCGGCAGAUAUUAAAACGGUAAGUUUAAAGUGAAAUUCCAUUAAUGGCUUUGAAAAACCCUUAGAAAAGAUAGAAGUAGCUUCCUAAUGGCGUAGCGCCUAGAACUUUUCCCACUAAAGGAAAUGACAAGCAAUCCCUGAUGAUCUCGAGUGGUCUGUAAAUGUGAGUCAGUGCGAAUAAAUAAGAGGAAAACAGAAGCAUAAAUAUUAGAACGGAGUACUGGUUUCCCCCAUGCUGUGAUACACGGGGGCGAGAGCGCUGAGAGUAAAAAAAUGAAACAGUCCGAGUCUGCUACCCGCUUACCGUUCAAAAGAAAACAGCCCAGCGGAUUGGGCAGGAGCAGGGAGCCAGGGCGCACGCACGCCUACUUGCAACGCGCAGGCACGCAGGUGGCUGGGAGCCGGGCCACGCAUAGUGGGGGCUCCAGGAAGUGCUGACCGAGGGCGGCUAGAAACGCAUGCGUGCGUAAAGACGCCUACGUCAGCUCCCAGAAGCCUCUGCGCCCCAGUUUCGCUCAACCGCCGAAUCUGCGGCUCGAACCUACCGCCUGCACACGUGCAGCUGGCGGGCGCCAAGCUUCUAUCGUCAACGGCUAUCCUGUGCUGUCGCGUCACUCGCCUGCUGCCGAGCAACCGAGCUCCCGCCAUGGCCUCCAACGACGCCGAGUAUCAGGCGCCAGGAGCGGAGGGGCCCGAAGACGCGCUGGAGCCGGGCCAGAUCCGUGUGGAAGCAGACACUGAGCACAACAUGGCCCUGGAGACCAUCCAGGUAUACCAGGAUGUGACCGGGAGCUGGAUCCACGGGGGCCACUAUCACCCGCCUCUGAUAGCGCUGCAGCCACUUGUGAGCAGCCACCCGAGCCACGGUGACCAUGACCAGGAGGUAAUCAUGGUGCAGACACGGGAGGAGGUGGUGGCCUACUGCGAGUCCGACUCGCCGAGCGACUCCGGCAGCCCAGCCCCCAGGUCGCCCAGCGAGGAAGACCGUUUCCAGCAGACCCUGGCGUCCCUGUCUGCUUCUGCGGCGGCCACCCCCACCCGCCACAAGAAGACCAGCCGCUGCAGGAAGAACAGCGGCAAGAAGAACCACACAGGAGGCGGCGGGGAGGCAGGAAGCAGCAGCGCUGCUGCUGCCACCGCCACUGCCACCGCCACCGCCGCCGCCAUUGCUGCCGCCGCCGCCGCAGCUGCCACUGCCGCCGACGGGGGCAACAAGAAGUGGGAGCAGAAGCAGGUGCAGAUCAAAACCCUGGAGGGGGAGUUCUCUGUCACCCUGUGGUCUGCGGCAAGCAGCAGCCACCGCAACGAGCUGGAGCCGGCACAGCCGGUGAAGGACCCCUCCCCCGAUUAUUCCGAGUACCUGACUGGGAAGAAGCUUCCUCCUGAGGGGAUACCUGGCAUCGACCUCUCCGAUCCCAAACAGCUGAAGGAAUUCACUAGAAUGAAGCCCAGAAAGCCCAAGGAGGAUGCCCCCAGAACCAUCGCCUGCCCGCACAAGGGCUGCGUGAAGAUGUUCCGCGAUAACUGCGCCAUGAGGAAGCACCUGCACACCCACGGCCCCAGGGUCCACGUGUGUGCUGAAUGUGGCAAAGCCUUCGUGGAGAACUCGAAACUCAAACGACAUCAACUGGUGCACACUGGAGAGAAGCCCUUCCAGUGUACAUUUGAAGGCUGCGGAAAACGCUUCUCGCUGGAUUUCAACCUGCGCACGCAUGUGCGUAUCCAUACCGGAGACCGGCCCUACGCGUGCCCCUUCGAUACCUGCAGCAGGAAGUUCGCUCAGUCAACUAAUCUCAAGUCUCACAUCUUGACGCAUGCGAAGAAUAAAAAUAACCAGUAAGAGACAAGGACCUUCUCAAACUGGGAAGCGCCUUCCAGGAGUGCUUGAAAACAUGUCUCUUUAUCGUCGCUAGGCUAGAAUUUUCAGAUUGCUAUACAAGGCUAAUAUUUGAGAGAGUAGUGGAAAGUUAGAAAUCAAAAAAAAAAAAAAUUCUGUAGUUUAACGUUAUGUAGAAUGUUAAGUAAUUGCAUUUGUUCUGUAAUUUUGCUCAAAAACUUCUUAUUUUGUAAAACUUGGUCCCAACAGGAAAAUAAUUCAGGCACUUCUCUUCAAAACACAGUUCUUUAUAAAACCGUGCUAAAAAUGGGACUUUUCACAUUCUUUUAAACAUGAAAUUCACCUAUAGCUUACAGUUUUAAAAAUUCUGUAUUUUCCAAAUGUUCAUGUUUUUACUUUAGGAAUAUGUUAAGUAAUUUUGGAUAUUUUCCUGAAUGUUGAUAACUCUGUUUGCAGUGGAUUUUCUUGGAAAGAAAUACAUGAAGAGGUGCAGAAAUACAUAGUUUUUCCAUGUUUUAAAAAAAAAGGUUAUAUAGGUUUCCUAUCUUAAUUUUAGUGAAUGUUAACACACUUUGCAUAACUGUUUUGUUACAUUGCAUUAUACUAUACAGUAUUGACUAUAAGAUGUGAUUGAAAUAUUAGUCAGUUUAAACCUAUUUUAAUCUUUUUCACUUAAGGUGAUGUCAGGUGCUGCUGUUUAGUAUGAUUACUUUGCCCCCUCAUUUUGAGUAGUAUUCAGUUAUAGAGUACAUUGUGUGUAUAUUGCCUUUUUAGCACUUGUGUCUAUCUCAUGUAAUAGAAAAGGCAAAAAGCAAAAUACUUGCUCUAAAGAAAAUAACUUACCUGUUAACACAGCUAGAAAAUAGAGAUAAUGAGGAGGGUGCUACUGGCAUCAGGGGGAUAAAAACCAGGGAUGCUUUUGAACACCCCAGAGUGUAUAAGACAGUCUCCUGUAGUGAAGAAUGAUUUGGCCCAACACGCCAGUAAUGUCAUUGCUGAAAAAUCUUGUAACAUUCCUUUGGUGUACUUAUAAAUAAAUCAUUA